ACAACUACAACAACAACCACAACUACAACUACAACAACGUCUACAACAACAACAACAACAACGUUCACAACCGCAACAUCAACAACAAGCACCACCACCACGACUUAGUGUAGAAGAUUUAUGA